AGAUGGCCUCAGCGGCUGUGUGCCCGCGUAGCUACCGCGGCAUAAAGAGCAAGGGGAUGUCGAUCUGCGCCGUGGAGUCUCUACCGGCGAGUGGGUGGAGAAAUUGUUAAAGCCGAGCAAGCUGCGAGCCAACCCGUAAGCGAGGAGGAGGAGGAUGGCACCACCGCGGGUGUGCGUGACCGGCGGCGGCGGGUACAUCGCCUCGUGGCUCGUCAAGCUGCUCCUCUCUCGGGGCUACGCCGUCCACGCCACCGUCCGCGACCCAUGUGACCAGAAGAACGCGCAUCUGAUGCAGCUGGACGGCGCGGCGGAGAGCCUGAGCUUGUUCAAGGCCGACGUGCUCGACCGCGCCGCGCUGGCCGCCGCCGUCGAGGGCUGCCAGGGCGUCUUCCAUGUCGCCUCCCCUGUUCCCGCGGAUAAGACCGUCGACCCUGAGUCAGAAAUCAUGGUGCCUGCCGUGAAGGGCACCCUAAAUAUUCUUGAAGUUUGUUCAUCUCUGAAGGUUCAGAAGGUUGUGGUGGUGUCAUCCACUGCUGCUGUUCAUUCUAACCCCAACUGGCCUCAGGGUAAACCCAAAGACGAGAGUUGCUGGUCCGACAGAAAAAUAUGCAUGGAGAAGGAGGCCUGGUAUAGUCUUGCUAAAACUGUUGCUGAAGAGGCAGCAUGGGAAUAUGCAGAGAAGAAUGAGCUCAAUGUGGUUACUUUAUGUCCUUGUAUUGUUUUUGGGCCACAAUUGCAACCUGUUGUCAACACCACCAGCGAACUCCUCAUCUACGUCAUAAAAGGGGGUCCUAAUGUGUUGAAUGACACGCCGUUGCAAAUAGUCGAUGUCCGUGAUGUGGCUGAUGCUUUGCUUCUGAUAUAUGAGAAACCAGAAUCAUCCGGGAGAUAUAUCUGCGCACCAAAUUACAUUAGCACAAAGGCUUUGCUGGAGCUGCUAAAGAAGACGUACCCUGACUAUAACUAUGUAAAAUGCAAGGCCGAUGCACAUCAAAACUCUCCUGUCACGCCGAUUUCGUCGGCAAAAUUGAGUAAUCUGGGCUGGAAUCCGAGGGCAUUGGAGGAGACGCUCCUGGACAGCAUCGAAUACUACCGAAAGAUGGGAAUUCUGCAGGAUGUCGAGGGACAGACCUACCGCCUUCCUUAUAUUUUCCGCCAUUAUCAAGCUGCCGAAGAGUGAGUGGAGGGUGGCAGUGCUCAGUGCUUUCUAUUCCCUCUGUUUCUAAAUAUAAGGCUUUUUAGAGUUUUCAAUGCAGACUACGUACGGAUGUAUAUAGACGUGUUCUAGAGUGUAGAUUCACUCAUUUUGCUUCGUAUGUAGUCCAUAUUGGAAUCUCUAGAAAGUCUUAUAUUUAGGAACGGCGGGAGUACAUAAGUCAUUGUGGUUGUGAAUUGCUGAAUGUUAUGUGAAAUAAUAAAUGAUAUGUUGAUGCUUUCAAUCUCAAGGGCAGAUGAUAAGAGGCUAGAGAGUGAAGCUGCUCAUUGCCUACCGUAGAUAACUUUUCGGUUCCGGAUUGUAUCUUCUUAUUUUCUGCUGUGUUGUGUCGAGGUCUCAAGGAUGAUUAUGAAGAUGUUGUUAAGAACAUUUACCCUCGUCGAUAAUAAAGGAGUAGAUCCCUGAUUUCCGAUUUCA